AUGGCCUCUAGCAAUUCAAAUACACCUGCUAUUCCAACACUCACAGGUGAAAACUAUCAACUUUGGGUAGUAAAAAUGAAGGCUUACCUGAAGUCAUUAGGUCUUUGGGAAAUAGUUGAGCAUAAUACACCAGUCCCACCAUUAAGAGCUGAUCCAACUAUAGCUCACAUAAAGUACCAUGAAGAAGAAAGGAUGAAGAGAGACAAGGCUGUCACCACCAUUCAUUCAGCCUUACCAGAUUGUAUUUUCACCAAGAUAAUGCAACUGGAAGCUGCAAGAGACAUUUGGGAUGAACUUGAGAAGCAAUACGAAGGUGAUGCAAGAGACAAGACAGUCAGAAUUUUAACUCUUAAAAGAGAGUUUGAAUUAUUGAGGAUGAAAGACAACGAAACAGUUAAGGAUUACUCCACCAAAGUGCUAAGGCUUGUCAAUCAGAUGAGACUCUAUAGAGAGAAUAUCCAAGACUACAAGGUAGUAGAAAAAAUGUUGAUAAGCUUACCUGAGAAGUUUGAAGCCAAAAUAGCCGCAAUAGAGGAAUCAUAUGACCUCACAAGGCUGACCAUUUCAAAUCUUGUUAGUAAACUUCAAGCUCAAGAGGCUAGAUCAUUUAUGAGAAAUGGAGCUGUGAUGGAGGAAGCCUUCCAAGCAAGACAUUACAGCAAUCAAAAAACUCAUAGUGGCCAAAUCAAAGUUGACAAAAGAAAUAAAGGCAAGGCAUCUGCUGCACCAAGAGGCACAUUUCUACCAUGUGGAACAUGCAAGAAAACAAAUCAUUUGGAAAAGGAUUGUUGGCAUAAAGGAAAAAUUCAGUGCAGAUUUUGCAAAAAAUGGGGACAUAAGGAGGUGGAUUGUCGAAAGAAGAAACACCAGCAAGAGCAACAACCACCAACUCAACAAGCCAACUACACCGAAGAGCAAGAGCCAAUCGAAGAUCAUCUAUUCAUGGUGACAAGAAAUGUAAUAGCUUCAAGAUAA